CUUUAGUAUACUAAAGUAUGGUAUGGUAGUAUUUAGCACAUGAAUUGUAGUAUACAGACUUUACCAGGGAUAAGGAAUAUUGUACAGGAAGCCAUAAUGGAGAUUGAGGAUAACUUCACAGGUUAUUCCUUAGAUAAAUUCUGUAUUCCCAAGCAUUAUGAGGAAGAUCUAGACCACGUCCUGAUCCCAUACGGACUCAUACAGGAUAGAAUAGAGCGACUUGCAAGAGAUAUUGUUCAGGAGUUUGGAAAUAAACCAAUCGUUGCGUUGUGUGUUCUGAAGGGUGGCUACAAAUUUUUCUCAGAUUUACUCGAUAAGAUACAGUUGCUGAAUCGCAAUUCAACAGAAUCUAUUCCAAUAUGUAUAGACUUCAUCAGACUAAAGAGUUACGAGGAUGACCAGUCAACAGGACAAAUUAAAGUUAUUGGAGGAGAUAAUCUUAAUAACCUCAGUGGAAAGAAUGUGUUGAUAGUUGAAGACAUUAUUGACACUGGAGGGACUAUGAAGAAGUUAUUACAACUACUAGAAGCCUACAAGCCAAAGAGUAUAAGAGUUGCCAGUUUACUAGUAAAAAGAACAAGCAGGAGUAAUGGAGUAAAAGCUGAUUAUGCAGGAUUUGAGAUCCCAGAUAGGUUUGUCGUUGGAUAUGCUCUGGACUUCAAUGAAUACUUUAGAGAUCUUAGCCAUAUCUGUGUUAUUAACGAUAAGGGACAGAAGAAAUAUGCCAGUAAAAAGGACUGAAUGAUAGGAAAUGACACCUGUUAGUGUAUACAAAAUAUAUGUUCAGACAGAGGGCCAAAUGUUACAAAGAUAUUUGUAAAUAUGGACUUGGGAUUCAUGAGACUACAUGUAUAUCAUUGAUCAUGUUUUUAUUAUGUCACCACCACAUAAGGCGACAUAUUGUUACAGUCUCUAACUUUUUGUGGAUGGUGUUUGGCAUUGUGUGUUUG